UCAGAAGGCGAUAAAAGGCAACCGCGGCGCCGGAUCCAGCACAGCUGCACCGCCGGGCUGCGAGCGGCUGAGAUUGAGAACCCAAGAGCAAGAGAGCUCGAGACCGAGCGGCAGACGCUUGCCCGGCGAUUCCCCUCUGCACAGCUGCGCGCCCCUCUCGCUUCUCCACCUCUCCCGGCUCCGCCCGGCCCCAGUGCGGCCGCAGUCCCGAGCUCUGGGGCGGCGCAGGCAGCCUCGGUACUCUCCGGCGCGCAGCCGCGUCCCCAGACAAAGGCUUGGCCGGCGGCCCCGGCCCGCUGCGCCCUCAGCUCACCGCCUCCCCGGCUCGCCGCUCCUCGCCCCCGCUCCCGGCUCGGCGCGUCCCGGCCGGCUGCAAAGUUUCCCGGCGGCGGCAGCGCCUCGCGUCAGCGAUGGCCGCGGAGCUGAGCAUGGGGCCUGAGCUGCCCACCAGCCCGCUGGCCAUGGAGUAUGUCAACGACUUUGACCUGCUGAAGUUCGACGUAAAGAAGGAGCCUCUGGGGCGCCCGGAGCGUCCCGGCCGGCCCUGCACGCGCCUGCAGCCCGCCGGCUCGGUGUCCUCCACACCGCUCAGCACGCCCUGUAGCUCGGUGCCCUCGUCGCCCAGCUUCAGCCCGACUGAACAGAAGACCCACCUGGAGGACCUGUACUGGAUGGCGAGCAACUACCAGCAGAUGAACCCCGAGGCGCUCAACCUGACGCCCGAGGACGCAGUGGAGGCGCUCAUCGGCUCGCACCCAGUGCCACAGCCUUUGCAGAGCUUCGACGGCUUCCGCGGUGCGCACCACCACCAUCACCACCACCACCCACACCCGCACCAUCCAUACUCGGGCGCCGGCGUGACCCACGAAGAACUGGGUCCGCACGCGCACCCGCACCAUCACCACCAUCACCAAGCGUCGCCGCCGCCGUCCAACGCGGCUAGCCCCACGCAGCAGCUGCCCACCAGCCACCCCGGGCCUGGGCCGCACGGGGCUGCAGCGGCGACGGCGGCUGGCGGUAACGGCAGCGUGGAGGACCGCUUCUCCGACGACCAGCUCGUGUCCAUGUCCGUGCGCGAGCUGAACCGCCACCUGCGGGGCUUCACCAAGGACGAGGUGAUCCGCCUGAAGCAGAAGCGGCGGACCCUGAAGAACCGGGGCUACGCCCAGUCGUGCAGGUAUAAACGCGUUCAGCAGAAACACCACCUGGAGAAUGAGAAGACGCAGCUCAUUCAGCAGGUGGAGCAGCUUAAGCAGGAGGUGUCCCGGCUGGCCCGCGAAAGAGACGCCUACAAGGUCAAGUGCGAGAAACUCGCCAACUCCGGCUUCAGGGAGGCGGGCUCCACCAGCGACAGCCCCUCCUCUCCUGAGUUCUUUCUGUGAGUCUUGGCCCGUCCCGGUUCCCGCCCUGGCCCCGGCCCGGACUCCCUGUCCCCUGUUCCCAGUCCUGGACUCCCCUGGACCCAGUCCCUGCCGCAGCCCCAGCAUUGACCUGUUUGACUUGAGGGAGAGGGAGGAAGGGCGCGCGGGACGCGGGCGACCGGAGGGCGCGCGGGCAGGCUGGGGACCUUGGCCAAGGCGAGAGCAGCGCGCACCAGCGCCGCCUCCUAGACUCAAGCAGAGCCAGAGACAGACGAGGGGGUGGGCAAUCCCGGAGCAACUUUUCUUCUGGCUGGAGGGCGGCGAGGCAUAGUCCCGAGGAGUCGCCAAAGUCGUCUGGAGACUCCUGGCUUUCUGAACUUUGUGCGUUAAGCCGGGGCCGCUACCUCGCGGCCCGGAGCGCAGUCCAGCUCGGGAAGAGAGCGGCGAGGAGAGGAGAGGGACCCUGGCGUCCUGGCAGGCGCGAGGCGAGGCUGAGCGAAGGAGGGACAGACGGACCUUCUGUCCAGGGUCCAGAAAACACUGGCUCUCAGCCCCGAGACGCGGGCCGCAGUUAGAACAUUCUGCGCGCAAAUAUCAUCAGUUUUAUUGCCUGCUCCAUUACAUAGAAAAAUACGAAAAUCUGCAUUAAAAAUAUUAAUCCUGCAUGCUGGACAUGUAUGGUAAUAAUUUCUAUUUUGUACCAUUUUCUUGUUUAACUUUAGCAUGUUCUUGAUCAUGGAUCAUAACCCCUUGUUUCUUUGGAGUGAGAAGGGAACGCAGUUAGCAGUAUCUCCAGUGGCUGCUUGCCGGGUUUCAGUCCCAGCUGUCGGCUUGUAAAUACCCGCUUGCCAAACCGCUUAGAGAACGUGGCAGCAAGCUGAGUGUCUUUGUUUGGGUUUAAUAUUAUGGCAUAUUUUGUAAGUAAAAAAAAAGUGGUUCUGGGCUUUUUGCAUCAGAAAACAACUUUGUAUUGGGCACCUUCCGAAGUUGCUUGUUUCCACUCCCUCCCCUGCCCCCAUUCGGUCCUCUUUUCCUUCCCGUUUCAGUUUUCAGUUUUGUUGGUUUUGAGAGAAAGAGGACCGGGUCCCAGAUCAGGUCCCGGGGCAGGGCAGCUGCGGAGUUUCAAACCCCAAAGGGCCAGGACCGUCUUUGCUCCCACCUUGUGUUAUGGCAAAAUUGACACCCCUAACCGGAAAAGAGAAGAAAACAGAUCUUGUUCGCUUUCGACUGCAAUAAGAAUCACUCCAGGGUCCCUUCGCCACUGAUGGCUGGAGCCGCGUCUGCCCGCAGAGUGAGCGGCUUCACCAGCUCGGGACACUGCCCGGUGGUGGCCUGACCUCGUGUUGAACCAGCCCAGUGCCCGUAACCCAAGCAUUGGCAAGUAACUUUGCAACUUUCAGGUGUGUUCCUUAGACCAACAUGUUAUAUGUGUUUCUUUCCCUGCUUUUGAGCUAUCAGGAGAGUUAUUGGUGGUGUUCCCCCCUCCCCUUCAGUUGUAGAGUAGUUAUAGAGAAGACCUGGGUGUUUUAUUUUUUUUUGUUAGUUUGUUUUGUUAUUACAGUUUUUUUCUCCCUGCAGGUCAGUAAAAGGAUUUCAGUUGCACUGACAAAAAUACCAAAAUGAAAGCAUACUUUUUAGUUCCCAUUUGAAAUUGCUGGCGCUGCUGGCCGGAUGCAUUUUGAGUUUGUAUUAGUUGAUAAAUUAACAGUAAUAACACGAUUGUAUGAACAGCAUGGUGCUUGCAGUUUUAAAUAUUGUGGAUAUUCGUCCUGCAUCAGAAACAAGCUUUGGUUUUUACGGAUUCAACUAUGUUGAAGUCAAAUUUGCUGCAACAAAAAUUGUUUUUAUUUCAUGUAAAAUAAGGGAUCAAUUUCAAACCUGGCUUAUGAUAUGAAAAUAUUAAAACCUAGUCUAUUGUAGUUUUAUCCAGACUGGUUUCUGUUUUUUGGUUAUUAAAAUGGUUUCCUAUUUUGCUUAUUAAAACCA